UCACCAAGAGCCACUCACCUCCGGUUCUCUCUGUGCAGUUCUCUCUUUUUUGAAGUGUGUAAAAUAAAAAAUAAAAGAAAACGGGAAAACGGGAAAAGGAAGAAUAUAUAGAGGCGCAGUGGUGUUGCAGCAGUAUAAGAAUAAGCAACAGCGAAGGCACUUUCUCCAGAGCAGAGCAGAGCAGAGCAGCUCCCCGACCAACAAAACUACAGUGAAAUCUCAAACCAGCAAAGCCAUCGUUUCGUUCACAUUUCAGCUUCAGAUCUCAUCUUUCGCUUCUGUGAAUUGAUUUGUUUGUUGAGGAAAAGGAAACAAAGAGCGAAGAAGAAUUCUUGGUUCUUUACUGUUUUUUGGUUUUGAAUCCUCUUGUGUAGGAAGAGAAUCGGUUGAGAGUUGUUUGAUAGCAAUGGAGAAAUCCACGCCGGUGCGGAAGCCUCACACUUCGACGGCAGAUCUGCUGACAUGGUCGGAGAAUCCGCCGGAAUCUUCACCCGCGCCAGCUUCCUCUGCUCGCUCUCACCAGCCGUCGGAUGGGAUUAGCAAGGUGGUGUUCGGAGGGCAGGUUACUGAUGAAGAAGUUGAGAGCUUGAAUAAAAGGAAACCAUGUUCUGACUAUAAAAUGAAGGAAAUGACUGGCAGUGGUAUUUUUAAAGCCAAAGGAGAAAAUGGAGCAUCAGAAUCAGAGGAUGCUGGCCAGACCCCAGUCAAUAAAACUGGAUUGCGUAUGUACCAGCAAGCGUUGGCGGGGAUCAGUCACAUUUCUUUUGGUGAUGAAGAGACAGUUUCUCCCAAGAAGCCAAGCACUCUGCCUGAAGUUGCUAAACAACGGGAGUUGAGUGGAAAUAUGGAAAGCGAGUCUGAGGCAAAGUUGAAGAAACAAAUUUCUGAUGCCAAAAACAAGGAGCUCAGUGGGCAUAAUAUCUUUGCUCCACCACCCGAAAUUCAACCGCGGCCCUUGACUGCUCGAGCUUUGGCAUUAAGAGAAAGCAUUACAAUUGGGGAACCCCCAUUACCCGAUGGUGCUGGAGGCCAGAGGAACGGUGCUUCAAGUGAAGAGCCUGUGAUCAAGACAUCAAAGAAGAUUCCAAACCAGAAAUUCACAGAGCUUUCAGGAAAUGAUAUUUUUAAGGGAGAUGCACCUCCCACUACAGCUGAGAAGCCACUCAGUUCAGCAAAAUUGCGAGAAAUGAAUGGCAGCAACAUUUUUGCUGAUGGAAAAAAGGAAUCUCGCGACUACUUUGGAGGGGUGCGCAAGCCCCCCGGUGGAGAAAGCAGCAUUGCCCUGGUUUAACUUGUUAGGUCUAACUUCAAUUGUUCACUCGUCAAUUGCAUCGUCGUCGUUGUCUUAUUUAGUGGGAUUGUUGCUCGUACCAUUUGACAUCUGUCGAGAGGUUUGCUAUGUCCUAGGUGUGAUUAACAUGUUCCAAAGCUUAUGAACAGUUGGCUAAUUGAAUUGCUUGUCCAUAGUUAUUGUGCUGUGGUUUCCAUGUUUAUGAAGUGCUUGACUAUUAUGGUUUUAUCAUAAGUAGUCCUUUUAAACA